AUGGCGAAACAUCUUCUCCAUUUGACACAAACAGAAUUUUUCUUUGAAGAUUCAACAAUAAGCGCUGAUGAAAUUUUCGCUUCACAACAAUUAUUCGAAAAUUUACAGACAUUUAAAAAUAGUUACUUUAAUGAACUAUAUACUUACCAAACUCUCGAUUUUCAUGAUGAAUACGAUGAAAUGACCGACGAAGGAGACAGCAUUGAUGAAGAAGAAUCAGCCGAUGAAGAAGAUACUAUUGAUGAUUAUGAUGAAAAUCAAUACUUGAAUAUUCAAAAUAAUUUUACAUUAGAAGAGAUGGAAGACAUAGUGGAAUAG